AUGAUGCCCCUUCACAUUAUCCUAGGCCUUUCGCUGGUAGCAGCAGUCAUUGCGACGAGCGUUCGCUGGACGGGCAACACGAUUGAUCAUUAUACCAUCUGUGGCGCUGAUCGAGGGUAUACGGAGAAAGACUCCAUAGAGGCUGCAAGUUACUUGGUCAACACCGUUGUAACUUCUGAAGACUUCUUCAUGGCGAAGGACGACUGUAUAUUCUCCCACAUCAACACCACCCUCGUGAGCUUGUGCAACGGUAACGCCCGUGACCGUACAAUCAACCGUGAUGAGGCCAGGCGCGGCAUCGACCAGCUUGUCAAGGACUGCGGCUUGGACGGCGGUUUCACCGGCAUUCACGUCGUCAACAACCUGACAUUCGCUGCCUACGGGGUCGGUGGAGUCAGUCUCGCACCUCCGCCAGGCGGCAACCCACCAGACAUUCCGGGGUCCCGGAGACGCUCUCGUCUCUCCAAGCGCGACUGCUCUGUUGCUUAUGAUGGCGUGUCUCACACGGACUGCGAGUGGAAGAACCGGAUGAACCAGGACGGAACCUGUGGUCAAAUCACACCCGACAACAACAAGUGCCAGACCUUUUGUGAGCUGAGGAGAGCAGGCCUUCUUGGCCACGAGGAGCGAGCACCCGGCCCUGGAGGUAGUCAGCACGCGCCGGGUAUCAAGCCGGAACUAACAGAGGGGCAUGAGACUUCGAUAUCCAAUGGGUUCUCGAUCGGCGUUGAUGGCGUUUUCAAGGACGCCAUCGGCGCUGGCGUUUCCUACUCUUGGUCAAUCACCAAAACUACGGCUUAUUCGGUCACGUUGACAGACGAGGUGGAGAACCCCGGAUUCAACCAUCGCUGGGUGUUCUUCCCCAAACUUAUCGAGAGCUGCGGAACACUCUCGAGGAAAACUUACUCGGCCCCGACACCCUGCACCGGAUUGUAUUGCACCGGCCUUCCCGCCGAUGAAGCAGACUGCGUCGGGGAGAUUGAAACAGUCACAAAUGUGUGCUCCUUGGUCCCGAAGCUGAAUGACGAGGGCAACCCCGAGCUCGCUUGGGCGGUUCGUUAUGAGGACGAGGCUGGCAACGCAAAACCGUUUGAGGAACAGCACAGCAGCUACCAGAACAUUUGCCGCAGCACUGCAGACCCGGACAACGACGGAGAGAACAAAUGCUCCAACCAGAUACCCGCUCUCAUGCUAGCACCCAACUACGAGGUGCUUCAAGUAGUCGCAGAGGCUGGAUUUUGA